UAAAAUUCAAAUUUUGGUGAACAGUUUCCCCCCAAUCCAAAAACAAUUCCUAUUGGUUGAAUGAGUUGUGCACAGUGUUUGGGUUUGGCUGGCUGAGCUUAGUUCUGCAGUUAUAAAUAGAGCAACAUUCUGCUCCUAAUAUGCAGCCUGCGCACAGAAAUGUAGUUGGGACUUGGGUUGCCCAUGUUGUUUACACCUAUAAAAGCAGGACUAAUGCUCUUCCAUGCUCACAUUCAUUCGCAUCUGCAAGAGGAAAUAAGAAAGUGAAUCAAAACUCUAAGAUGGAGGGUAUGUGGUCUCUAUUACAAAAGAGUUAUCAGAACAAAACAACCUGGACAAUCCAUCAGGUUGUACUGGGAUCCCUGAGGAGACUUAGGGAAGGUCCUGCCUUUGCACAUAAGGAUGCAAUGGAAUACCAUAUGUUCCCCUCUUCCCCUUAGGUCAACACACUUCAGACCCUCAUGAAAACCAGCCCCCUCCCAGCAGCUUCCCGCAGACGUCUUAGCGCCGCAGCCGCAGGUCAUCGUCGACGCCGCCGCAUCUCCUCGCCGCUGCCCUAGCUUCAGGUCUUCGUUGUCGCCGGCCUCUACAGCUCCAAGUAGAUCUCCUCGCCGACGCAGAGCUCCAAGAAAUUGAUUAUUGUUCUUUUGUUCAAGAGUGAAGAAGACAAUAAAAGGUUGAAGGCGGGUAGACUGAACAAUAACCUAAAUCUGAAGAAGCUGUUGAAGGAACUUCUGGAAGGCAAGAAGAAAGAGCCGAAAAGCUAGUUUAACCACCUAAAGAUUACAUUCAUGUCAGAGCUAGGAGGAGGGGCCAAGCAACCGACAGUCACAGCUUAGCCGAACGAGCCCGCGGAGAGGAAAUAAGUGAAAGGAUGAGAAUUCCAUUACCUGGUCCCUGGAUGCAAUAAGUUGACCCAUUCGCAGCCAAAUAGCAUUUCUGUUUUUGUUUAUUAUGGUGGGAAAAUAAGUUGUGAACCUGGAGCUUCACUACUAGAAGGUUUCCGCUGAGGACUGCGGUCUUCCAGUUGCUUCUCCUCCACACGUGGACUUGAGCCGGUUGACAUCCAAACUUGUGUGUUCUUGUCCUAUUUUGGCAGAACUGGAACGAUUUAUUAUUGGUUCUGAUCCAGAAUGAAAACCAAGCAACCUGGCUCAUUUUUUUAACUGUGAUUCUAAAAUCGAACUGGUCCACCUUGAGGGGAUUCAACAGUAUUUUUAGGAAUAUUUUGGUUUAUUGAAGCGUCAAAAGAGCCUUUGUCGGGUGAUGAAGAAUGUGAAGUUUGCAAGGAAAGGAAUUGGCCAUAUAUUUCAAUUUUUUGAUAAUUUGUUGUAAAUGUUAGUGGCAGAUAAACUUAAAUUUGUAUUGUUUUUUCUUUUAACUUUAGUGAUGUACUCAAUAAUUUUUGGGAUAUUCUCAUUUUACUGAUGAGAUACGAAGUUGUUGAAAGGAUUUCUUCUUAUUCUGUAAACUACAUAUUCUUUGGUGUAAAUUGUAAAACACGAGCUUUAAUUUUGGUAGGAUAACAAAACAAAAGAAUG